CUCCAUGUGUGGUACAAACAAUACAGGGGGUGACGUGGGGAACAACCAAAGAAGCCAGAGGCACAGACUAGCUUUGCUACCUCGCAACCUGCUGGCUUUAAAAUCCCAUUUCCCUAAAAUUAAUCACUACCCAAUUCAAUUCACUGCGCUCUCUUUAAUCACUCGCAAUCUUCUCCAGAUCUCUCUCUCUCUCUCUCUCUCUCUCUCUCUCUCUCCCUGUGUGGAUGCGCAGAUAGUCUCAGAUAGAUAUAGUGAUGGGUGGUAGUUGUUUUAAUGCUUUGCAUGGGUUGAAGCCAUUGAUGUUAAUGCUGGUGGUUCAGUUUACAUCUGCUGGAGUCAACUUGUUCUACAAACUGGCCGCUAAUGAUGGAAUGGACAUCAGGAUUAUUAUUGCCUAUCGCUUCAGUUUUGCCACCGUUUUCCUUGCUCCUAUUGCUUUCUUCGUUGAAAGAAAGAGCAGGCCAAAGCUCACUCGGGUGGUACUCCUCCAAGCAUUUCUGUCUGGCUUGCUUGGGGGAGCAUUGUCACAAAAUUUGUACAUUGCAAGUUUAGCGUUAACGUCUGCAACAUUUGCUCUCGCCAUAAGUCAACUCAUCCCGGCCAUAACUUUUGUUUUGGCCAUCUCCUUUGGGUUGGAGAGAUUGAAUUUAAGGAGCGUAGGAGGGAAGGCAAAGGUGUUGGGAACAUUAAUGGGAAUAGGUGGAGCAAUGCUUAUGACCUUUUACAAAGGUCUGGAAAUCCACUUAUGGACCACCCAUGUUGACCUUUUGCAUAGUCAUCAGCAACAACCACACUUGGAGGCAGCAGCUUCGCAUGAGUAUGCUCAUCGUCUGUUAGGUUGUCUUCUGGCUCUGGCCAGCUCGUUGGGUUACGCCUUCUGGCUAAUUAUUCAGGCUAAGAUGGGUGAGAAAUACCCUAGUUUUUAUUCAAGCGCAGCUCUAAUUUCACUUAUGGGGUCAAUCCAGUCCCUUGUUUUUGCCCUCUGCGUCAACAGGGACUGGAACCAUUGGAAGUUGGGUUGGAAUAUUAGACUUCUAACAGUCUUAUACCUGGGGACUGUGGGUACUGGAGUAAGUCUGACAUGUACUACACUUUGCAUAAGCAUGAGAGGGCCUUUGUUCGCGUCAGUUUUUGGGCCUCUGGUUCUUGUUCUUGUUGCCCUCGUUGGCUCUUUGGUGUUGGACGAGAAGCUGCACCUCGGAAGUGUGCUAGGAGCGGUUCUAAUCGUUGGCGGCUUAUACGCUGUUCUGUGGGGAAAGAGCAAAGACAUAAAGAAGGUGAAUCAAUCGGUGCCAACAACAAGCUAUGAGGAGGAAUCUGCAGGAUCUGUAGUUGAAAUUGUUUCAAUGCCUCGGGAUAAUAAUAAAGGCAAUAACUACAUGAAUGAGACCGUCACAAAUAGUCAACAUGAUCGCAUAGAAACCUAGGUCGAUACCCAUGGAGAAUAAAAAAAUGGUUCGAAGGAACCACUAUUAGGAGAUCUCAAGACCUACGUACGAUGGAAUGAGAGAUCGAAGUUUUUAAAACAAAUUAUAUCUAUUGUCAUCUGGUGACUCAUGACUGGUUUGAUUAAAACAGUGUGUACGUACCGUACGUUGUUCUUUUUUUCAUGUCCUGGGCAACCAGUAAAUCCAACGCUACUAGCUACUUCAACCUGGAGCUUCAACUCUUGUUCAGAGAAGGAAAGAGAUGCUGGACACAUCAGCUCCUUUGCACACUGAUUAGAUCUAAAAUAUAUAUUACGGAACAUGUAGAUCAUGUAAGGCAAAGGAGUGAAUUUAAUUUCAUACCAAAAUCGAAGUCACCGGAAAACAUAAGAGAUACCAUGAGCUUUCAAAGCUUGAUUCGUUGUCAUCAUUGAUUGCAUGGAGAACUGGCUUUGUUAAUUAGUACAGGCAAAGAGUCGUUCAUGACUUACCUUCAUGAUGCAAGCUACCGGCAGCCCCUCAAGGUUCUAAUGUUCUA